AUGAAGGAGAACCAAGACGGCGAAAGAAGUAAAGGAGAAGACGGAGGCAACGAGAAAUUCCAAGAACGAGACGGCGAUAGAAGUAACUGCAAAGACGGAGGCAACGAGAAAUUCCAAGAACGAGACGGCGAUAGAAGUAACUGCAAAGACGGCGGCAUCGAGAAUUUCGAGGAAGAAGAUGGCGGCAAAAGUAACAACGAAGACGGUGCACAGCUUUUUGUUCUAGGCGCCCCACAGUGCGGCGGUAAAGAGGAUUACGAAGUAGAAGAAGGCGACGAAAUUAAUAGCAAAGAUGGAGAAGGCAAGAACAAAGUUGGCGAAAAGAACGACAAUGGCAAAGACGGUGAAAAAGUUCGCGAAUAUAUAAGCGAAGAUGGAGAAAACGAAAGCGAGGCAGGCGAGUAA